UUGGUCAUAUUCGGUCUCAGUAAUACUUCGCAUGUGGCCUACAGUUUAGAGGCGCGAAUUGCUUUCUCUCAUCUCUUCUUCAAAGAUUGGGAUCCCUCACAUGAAACUCUUCCCUACCCACCGGCUAUCGGAUCAUAUGCACUCUACACGAAAUCUGAUUUCUUUGACCAUAUUGCCCACCUCUUGACUCAAGUCGCCAAACUAGUUUAA